AUGGUUGUUGUCAUGGCGGCAUUUCAAACUGUUGACAAGCUUGGAGAAAUAUUUGAAAAAGUUAACCAUGUCACAUAGCUAACUAGCUACUUUAAUUAACAUCCAGUUAGAGACAGUACGUCCGUAUCUUACGUAUAAUUUAUGUUUAAACUAAAAAAAGUGGUUACAAGCAAUGAGCGAAUGGAUUAUUGUUGGGAUGAACGUAAUGUUUUCAAACUUCAAUUCAAAAGCGUAGCUAGCUAGUUAGCUUGCAUUAGCAUUAGCUAACGCUAGCUAUAGCUAUAUCAAUAAUUGUUUGCUGUUUCGACAGAGCGUUUUUGUUUCUGUAAUGACUGCACAGUUCUUGUCGAGUUGUCACACGACUUCCGUAGGACAGCAAAGUCAAAGGAGAGAGUGGCUUGUUUUGGGUUCAACCCGAAACGUGCACAAUGUACCCACUGAGAUGUCCCAAACCAAGCUGUUGUUCAAUGAUGCCAUCCCUGCAAGUACCAGCAACCGUGCCACCCAUGUACGCCAGCCAGCCCCAAUAGUGAUAGAGAGGCUGCUGCCGCUAUCAGAGGAGCAUGACCAAGUGGACAGCACCAGAAGCUCCAUCAGCUUUACCACUCUCUCAGAAGAAAGACUGCGGGCCGCAGUGCAGCGGGCCAAGCGAGAUGUGAGACGAAGGCGCCUUGAGUCACACAUAAAAUCCCAUGCUAAACCCACACAGGAGGUCUCCCUCUUUGAAACAAGUGAUGCCAAUCUGCUCCAGGAGCUUGCAGCCACUCCAAAUAAGAACAAGUUAAAGACCUCCAGUCCAAAAGAGAAAGCAACCCAACCUGGACGCAAAUUGUUGUUGCACACACCCCAGAAGCGUUCCAUUUCUUCCUUGCCUCGGGUUGGCCGGUCACCCCCAACAAGAGACCCUGGCCCAAGGCAAUUUGAAGGAGGAAAACAGGCUCCUUUAAGCCAGGAGAUUUGCAAGCUUCAGAAUGAGCUAGAAGUGUAUAUUCAGAAAGUAGAAGAGCUAGUUAGCAAAGGGGAGAAGAUAGAAGAUCCACUGGAGCUUGAAGAGCAAAACAAGCUGGAGAUACGCAGACAAAAGCAGGCAGCCCGCUCAGCACGUGUCAUCUAUGUUCUCCAACAACAGGUAAACGAGAUACAAGAAGAUAUAGACAAACUACGAAGCCAGAAAAUGUGGGGCGCCAAAAAGUCCAUGGCAAUAAACAGGCUUGCAGCUGCCCACCGUGGGACACUCAGGGCCUUACAGGUUGUAAUCCACCAGCUUUCAGAUCUAUCUCAUAGCAAGGUACCCCCUUACUACAAAGAGCUGAGUCAGCUGAUUCGCCAGCUCUCUUUGUGCUCAGCUAAGGUUGAAGUACAACAGUUUUCAGCUGUGCCUGAGACGGCCAUUGACAUCCUGCAGAAACUAGAGACUUUGGAUUCUGUCCUCAGUAAACAAGAGCUGGUCGAAAAGAUGCAGGCCCGAGCAUGUCUUCCACACAGGAAGUCUCCCCAUCGCAGCAUGUCACCUACUAGUGCACCCAAAGGUCCCAGCACCAUAACUGUUCGUGGUCCUCGCAAACUGGCAAAUCCCAAAAGACGUGUCCGUGCAGGUAGGAGGAUUACCUCACAGAAGCCCAAAACUACAUCUCACCAGCUUAUGAACAGGAGAGAGUUGCUCAGGGCAGGCCUGGAGAGCCUGGCCCAGAGAGACCUCCGAGAGCUACAGGGACCACCUCAGACCACCUGCAGAAAAGGAGGGGCUCUACACUCUGAGAGAAGCAGGGAUGACAUUAUAAUGAAGCAUAAUCAGAUUAAGGAGGCAGGUUUCCAGCAGCAUACAGUCUCCUCUCAGCUCCGAGUGAACCAGCUGCCACCAAAAGAGCGCUCGGUGCCCUGGAUACCUACAUCGCCUCACUCUCCUCCACAGCGAUCCCCUCCAAGGAGAAGACCAGAGCCUCGAUGUCUUUUCUCUCCCGUGAAGCCCUCGCCCAGCCCUCCAAAGCAGACGGUGGCAGGUGGUUUGGUACCAGAGCCAGCCUUGAGCUCAGAAAAGAAGAAACAAGCUCAGAAUGAAGCAUUAAGGAAAGCCUGGUUGGAUAAGAAGAUGAAACAGCUGAGUAAAGAAGAGACUGAACACAUUCAGACAUUAAGGUCAGAUGUUGUCUCACCAACUCAGUGGGCUGAGAGAGCUGAGCAGAAGGCCAUGGAGAGAAUUCAGCCCCUUCUGGAUGAAGCACAGCAGAUUGGUGAGUCCAGGAACAGGAUCAGUUCCUCGCUGAGCAAUCGGCUGUCUGAACAGGCUGCAGAGAGGGCAGCAGAGAGUGCUGAGCAGCUGAGUGAGGCGCUGCUGGAAGAUCUGUUGGAGGACACUGCACGGGCGACGUGGGCUGCUGAGAAAGAGGGACAGUUGGAGGGCAUAGCCCUGUGUAGGCUGCAGGCCCCCACCCUGGAGAGUAUGCUGCUUCGUAUGGAGGAGAUACAGAGAGAUCAGGAGGAAGUGAGGAGACGGUUUGCUUCUAUCACCUACUCGGACCCUCUUUACUGGGACCGACCAGGAGCAACAGGACCCCAGCGCCAUGCUCCGGGCUCCAGGCCAGCCUCUCCUCAACCAAUUAGACUCACAAGGCCAGUGCCGAGGCAGAGCUCUGCAGUUGAUAUUGUCCUAGAGAAACCUGUGGAGACUGGACACAGCAUCCUCUCUGAGGACAGCCUGACAGAGGAGGCAUCCCAGGACGGACAGCAGCACAGACACAGCGCUGUGUUCCCAGGCCCAUUGGCGAGAAACAGGGGGACUCCUAUCUCCGUGCCGGGCAGCAUGCUGAGAAAUAUCCGGGGGUACCGGGAGGACUACGAGGCCUACCUGCAUGUUGUGGCUCACGAGGCUGUCGGCAGCUUUAACCCCUGGGCCAUUGCAGACAGCCUGGCAGACGAGUUGCUGUCGGAGGCUUUGGCUGACGUGGCAGCAGAGUUUCAGGACGUUGUGGAGGAGUACGCCGAGGCCGUCUUCACCUCUGAGUUUCUUCAGCCGGUCCAGUCACCGCCUGCUUCAGCUGCGGCUUUGGUCAGCUAGUAGGAUUCCAGCAUCACGGAUGAAGCCAUUGUUUACAGAUUAUUAUUAUAUGUCAUUAUUUUAGUUGAACAUCUGCAUUGUCAGACUUUCAGCACAAAAUAUGUAAAUAUCAAAGAGCUAGGGUCUCUUGUUUCUUGGCGAAUGUUUUAUUUUUGAAAGAAACCCUCACACUCAUGUACGUAUUUUUUUUUUUUAUGAAGGUGCAGCAGAUUGUUGAUAAGCACAGAGAGCGUCACAAUACUCUUUGUGGUCCAUCUGUAUCUGGGAUUGAAUUCCGCUGGGAAAGUUUGGUUAGUUUAGAUAAGCUUAGAGAGACCAUUACAGUGGAUUAUAAGAUUACCGCCCUCCCCUUUUCACUUGGUUUAAAUCUCUUUAAGGAUUACUCACACUUUCUAUGUUUAUGUAAUAUAAUAUGGAAAUAAAUCAGUAGCAUACAGUCACCAACAAAAUGAUGUAGGAAACCAAAGGCAUCAUGUGUUUAAUCUAUUGGAACUUGAUUUCCUCUUUUGCUUAAAUGUAUAAAUUGUUUUAUUGUUUUAUUUUAUUUUAUUUCCCCUAACUGAUAAAUGUGUUAUCCCAGUAAGUCAUGACCACUCUGAGGAGACACAGUACAGUAAGGAGAAACAUACACAGAGUUUUUAAAUUGGUUUUGCACCUCUUUGUAAUGAUCAUCAGCUUUUCUUUACUUCUGUUUUUAUUUUUCCCAACAGACCUUAAUAAAAAUGGCCACUAGUUUAUAUACUGUUGCAACCUACCAACUUAAAUCCUGCAAAAUAAUGGGGGAUAGUGUCAAUUCUUAAUGCAAAAUAAACAGGACAGACUUAGCAGA